AUGUCCACAACAACUGUCGAGACGACGAACGUACAGACCAAUACUCAGAAGGACUAUAGUCAAUACGACUAUGCGAACCUUGAGCCAUACAUUCAUCCACCCGAGACGAGAGAAGAUAUCCCAUGGUCAGAGCUCGUGACACUCGACCUCGAAGAUUACAACCGUCCCGGUGGAAAAGAGCGUUUGGCUAAGCAGCUUGAACAUGCCGUGCACCAUGUCGGUUUUUUCUACGUAAAGAACUUUGGCUUGAGUCCGGACCAGAUUGACCAGCAGUUCACACUAGCAAAACACUUCUUCGAGCUACCAAUCUCCGAGAAAGAAAAGUACGAAAUCAACUACGCUGAAGCCGAUUACAACGGCUGGCGCAGGCCAGGCCGAUCGCUAGUCGCAGGUGCCAGGGACAACAUCGAGAUCUUCAAUAUCCCCAAGUUCAUCGAUGAAUUCGAAGGGAAAUACGAUUACCCAGAUCUGCUGAAAGCGCAUCUCGGCGAGAUUGAGACAUUCCAACGUGCUCUCCACGCCAAUGUGGUCAUGCCCUUGUUACGACUCUUCGCAAUCGUGUUGCAAUUGCCUGAUGAAGACUACCUGGUGAAGCAGCACACGUACGAGAAGAAGUCCGAAGAUCACUUCCGCUACAUGAUCUACUAUCCCCGAACAGAUGAGGAGUGGGCUACUGCAAAGAACGGAGCAACUGGCGGCCAUACCGACUUGGGCACUGUAACACUGCUUUUCCGGCAACCUGUUGCCGGGCUGCAAAUCCUUGGUGACGAUGGCAACUGGACCUCGGUGCAAGCUCAGCCUGGAACCAUCACCGUCAAUCUCGCAGACACCAUCUCGCACCUUACGGGCGGUUGGCUGAAGUCAUCCGUGCAUCGCGUGGUUGCGCCACCGCAGGAUCAGCGCGAGUUCAAGCGAACUGGGCUGCUAUACUUCGCGCGUCCACACAACGAUGCCAAGCUGCUGCCAAUCACCGAUUCACCGGUACUAGAGAAGGCAGGUGUCAAACCGAGGUUUGACAGGAUUGUUACAAUGGAAGAGUGGGUGAAAGCUAAGCAGACGUUGCAGCUCAACCCAGAGAUAGCAGCGAAGAGGUGGGCAGAAAGGGGCGAUGGCAAGGUGGAGGUACUGGCUGGCUUCCAUGAUCAGAAGUACAAAGAGUAG